AUGACCAAUUUGAAACCUCUCGAAACGCUUGGAAUUCCAGUGGACCAUGACAUGAAGCAGGAAAUAGCGUCAAAUGUAGCGCUACAUACGCAACAUGUAGAUGAAAGGACUCGAUUUCAGGAAGAAGGACCAAUACCUCUAUUAGAAUCAUCGACUACUACAAAACGAUGUGCCUAUGUUUUAGCAUUUACUCUGAUCUGUAUUACAUUCUAUAGCUUUCCAAUGCAUCAUCAGUCACAUGGCCAUGGAGGUAAGAAUGCUCGCUACGUAUGGUGGUGUGGUUGGCUCACAGCUGUUGCGACGGGCCUUGGAGCACUGCCAUUUUAUUGGAUUCGAGAUAUGGACAAGUAUUGGUUGGGUAUAUGUAAUGGUCUAGCAGCAGGCAUGAUGAUUGCUGCAACGGGCUGUUUAUUCCAUGAAGGAUUGUAUUUACCACAAGCAACAGAUUAUCAAGUAUCAGUGACCUAUCGUCUUCUCUUGGGUUCUUUCUUAGGUGUCUUGUUUAUCAAAUUUACCAAGCUGUUCCUUGAAGACUAUGAAGACGUGUCAGUGUGUGGAUUAAAAGGUCUGGAUGCACGAAAAGCACUAUUGAUUAUGGCUGUUAUGACGCUGCAUUCUGUAUCGGAAGGUAUUGGUGUAGGCGUGUCGUUUGGUGGUGAAGGUGGUAUUCGACGUGGUCGUAUUGUUACUAUGACCAUGGCGAUUCAUAAUAUCCCUGAAGGCGUGGCAAUUAGUUUAUCGCUCGUGCCACGUGGAUUGAGCAUUUUCUAUGCUGUACUGUGGUGCAUCAUGUCUAGUGUACCACAGCCAAUCUUUGCUGUACCAGCUUUUCUGUUUGUGGAACAAUGGAUGCCUAUCCUGCCGUGUGGUCUAGGUUUUGCUGGAGGCGCGAUGGCUUACGUGGCAGUACAGGAGCUAUUGCCCGAGUCGCUUGAAGACACCAAGUCAAUCUCUACGACAGUAUCGGCCACCGCAUUUGCUUUCAUGGUAUUCCUGACUAUCCAGAUUGCGCUUAGUGGGUCCAUUUAG